CCCCUCCUCGUGGUCGGUAUUUGUUCCGAUCUAGCCUCGCGCGAUGAUUAGAUUAAUUAGAUCGUACGGUUAGGAUCGUCUAGUUUGUAGAAAUCGACUGACUUAUAUUUGUUAUUAUGACUUCCUUGGUUGCGGAUUAUGGGACUUCCUCCGGUUCGGACGGUGAGACUGAUGACGUUUCGGAUAAUGCCUUUAAGGGUGCAGAGAAGGUGGAGUCAGAUGGAGAGGACGAAGAAGAAGAGAAUAACAAAGAGGAGAACAACAGGGAUAAUGAUGGACACGUGAGAAUAAUUGAAACAACAGCUUCCAAAGAAAAGCUUCCAUUACCUACGCCAGAUUUCAACAGCGCAUCCACAUUAAUGAGGACUUCAGUAUUCCUGAAUCCAUUUGUUGAGGCGGAGCGAGCAAAGAGCGCAAUCCUGGAGAAACAUGUAAAAAUGACACCUACGUUGGAUGACACGAAAAUGAUAAACGGUCGCAAGAUUUGCUGGAACUAUCGGAAGGGUCGUUGCCGUUUCGGCCACAAUUGUACUUUUGCCCACGACUCGGAUCUGCAUCGCAGCGCGGCCGAAUUGGAGGCCUUACGAACGCCACAGGAAACGCUGGUCUGUCAAACUCGAUAUAACGGGCAGCAGCAACAGCAGCAGCAACAGCAGCAGCAGCAACAGCAGCAGCAGCAGCAACAACAACAGCAACAACAACAACAACAACAACAACAACAACAACAGCUGCAGCAGAUACUGCCGCCCACGAACGACGACGAGAAUGAGGUAGAUCAGGAGAACAAUCAGACAGCAAACAGAAAGCGUAAGAAAAGGCCCGGCCUGUGCCAAUUGUUGCUUCCGAGUAAGAAAGUCUAUAAGCAGUUCAAAGCGCAACAACAACAACAGCAACAACAAACCAAAACUAGAUGAAUACUAUUUCUUUAUUUGAUGUAGUAAUAGGUUGAUGAAAUUGUCUUCUAGCCGAGUCGUUAUAUAUUUUUUGCGAAUCGGAAAACACGCGCAAUAUGUAUCUCCUCGAAAUAUUAACAGACCUUGCGGACGCUUUUAAUAAACAAAAAUUAUGAAAGAAAUAAUUUGGCAAGACAAAUUGUGAGAGAGUAAAAAUUAUAGGAGAAAAGAUCAGAUAGCGAAUAAUUUUAAAUUCGUUCUUAUCCUUUUGAGAAUCGAAUUUUCAUCUUUUAUCAAAAAACAAAAUGAAACUCAUUAGCGUAUAGCGAUGAGACUAACCGAGAUCUUAUCUCUAAGGUCUAUUAAUAUUUAAUUAAACGAUUGUGCGAACAAAAAAAAUUGUUAGAUAUAUAAAGGAAAAAGAAAAAAUUCCGACUUAUGCUUCCAAUAUGAAGAAACAUACGAUGUGUAGAAUAGGAACUUUUAAUUAAGAGAAACUUUGUCUCAUAUAAAUUUGCAAAAGACUAUUCAAUGUGUGCACAAAACAGACGCAUGUUGCGACCUUCUUAAGAUUCGUCUUUUGUAACGCAAUAAACGCGUAAAUCAUGUCUUCUUGUUAUUUCGUUUUCUCAUCAUUAGCUAAUUAUUUACUAAACAUUUGAUAAUACUGUUUGUGAGAGUACCAAAUAACAUUUUACGAUUGAAUACACAGAGUAUGUAAUAUCAUUAGAAUCCGACCGAAACCACAUUUUGACCUCCAACCGAAACCGAAAACGGAUUUUCGAUUGUCAUUCAAUUUUGGUCGAAAAAGAAAUUUAGGUAAGUUUUAUUUAGAUAAGUCACAUUUU